AGAAGUGGGCCUUGUGGCUUAUCCUUCUCCACAUGGGCGAAAGCCCUGACAGCGGCCCUGCAAGUCCCUGUAGCGGCAGCAGCUGAUUACAGAACCCUCUGGGAGGCCGGCAUGGAACAGAUCUGUCUGACGCUGGAGGGACACUGCCAACGCUUGUGGGGCCUGCGGUGGGGUGAGUCAGCCAGGUCCUUACUGUUCGCACAACGGAUCCUGGAUUCUGCCCGGAGUUGGUUGCAGCCGGACUGGCAGGACCCGGAACGGAUCGUGGAACAGGUGGCCCUGGAGCAGUUUAUGGCAGUCAUGCCGGCCUCCACUGUGAACUGGCUCCAGUGCCACCGGCCGGAGACCCUCGCGGAGAUCAUCCGCUUGGCGGAAAAACCACCUGGCCGCAACCCACGAGGCCCCCUCGUUGUCAUCCGUAAUAGCCUCUCCUUGCAGUCCAACACGAUGUCCGUCGCUAGUGUGCCGCAUGCCCAGAAUGUCAGCAGGAACAUCUGCAGCAGGCUCAGAAGAGGCAGGUGCGCAUACAACUGGAGGACAAGGUUACAUCACUUCCGCCAAGCGAUAAGGUUGCUUCCCACGUCACAGUCCAAAUUACUUGCCAAGUGGCAAGGCCCAAGGGGAGGUCGACUAUGAGGUCCUCCAGUCCGACAGAUGCGGGGCCAGGCAGAUAUACCAUCUUAACCUCCUCAAACACUGGCAAGACGCACCAGUCGCCUCCCUAGCAACCACGGUCCCGGUGCAGGACAAGUUGGGUCCAGAACUGCCUGACUUGGGCAGAGACCC